CAGGUCGUCCGCGAACCUUUUCGAAAGCGAUCGUUCGAGGCGUCUCUGCAUGUAAACAUCUCGCGGGAGAGACGCUCGCGGAGAACUUUUUGAGUCGAGGAUUCCUGCCAGCCAAGGAAGCGAUAGAUGUCGUCACCAUGUCGACCUACCAAGUGAGGUCGCUCGAGGAGGCCGACCAGAUAAUCCGGGAGCACGAGAGGAAGACCAAGACGACCUAUGCCCUCCUGAGAUCCACCAAGAACUUCGGCUGCGUUGAUGUGCCAGCUUGUGCCAACGAUGAAAAUGAAGUACGGUUUGAAACAGUUGGUGUGCCAUAUUGUGGAGUACCAUUCUUUGUGGCUGGGUUAAAGAUUCUCCAGUGUCAGUCAUAUCGAGGAAGAGGAGGAAGAAAGAAGAAGGAAAUAAAGAUAGAGCUAACAGGUUCAGGUGCUGGAGUCAUUGGGGAGGCAGGUGUUGGUGAUGCUGGUGGUGAAGAGGAUGACCCUCCACAAAAACCUAUCGUAAAAAAGAAAAAGAAAGCUGGUCGUACACACAAAGUAGGAUGCACUGCUACCAUCAUUAUGAAGGAAGUCAUCUAUUAUCCAGAAUUUCAGCUUUUUGAACACUCAAAAAACAACCGGAUUGCAGUAGCUAGACAGCUAAAGGAUGCCUUAAAAUCGAAGACCCCAGUACAGAAAGACCGCAUCAUAUACGUAACAGUCCCUGCGAUGUCUGAUCACUUUGGCCACACAGUUGGAAUUGGCACAACAAAGCAGGCAGCAGCUAAGAGAUUGUAUGUGAAAAAUGACUUUUAUGGACACAAUGAGCCAGGGUCAAGCAAGAGAGUUUACUAUCCUGUAAAACAAGAAAAGUUAAAUAUGGCACAGCUUACUAAGAGGAUGAAAGUGGAUGAAGAUGACAUUGAAGCUAGAGCAAAAGAAGUGCGAGAAAUGUUGCAGGGCAUCAUGGGACUAACAUAUAAGCAACCAGGAACAACAGAAGCUUAUCGUGAGCUCUUCAAAGAUCUGAUGCAGGCGAAGUUAAAAUAUCAGCAGACAAUGGACUCAUUACUAGGAGGCAGCCAAAACUCCCAGAUCCAUACUGUAGAUGGUAUUGUUGGACAAAAUGGAGAGCCACUGGAUACUACUCCUGGUGAUGGCACGGGAGACACUUGGCCAGUGCCAAGGACUGUCACAGUUACAGCUCCAACAGUACCAAGUGCUACACUACCCACAGUUUCUGCUACUACUACAGUAACUACCAUUGCAGCAUCGCAAGUGCAGCAAAACCCUGGAACUGCUGCUGCUGCCACAUCAACUGCGGACGGUAAUAAUCAGGAAACAAGCAUCUUUAUUGAAGCCAUGGAAGCUAUACUUAACUCACAGAUAUAGGCUUAACCUCUGAGUAGGACUCAAUAAAUCUUCAAAUAAAAGCUUUGAGCAAUCAAAGCUCUAGAAUAGAAAGAAAUUUUUUAUUUAGCUUUCAUAAAAUCUAUGUGAGGGUAAAAAUGAAGUGCUUCAUAACUAGAAAGGAGUGAGCAUGGAAAAAAAGAUUAAAAUUUUUGUCAUUUUUCACUGAAGAGAUUUUUUUUCCAAGUGUAUAUUGGCUAUAAAAGAAAGUGUGAUGAUAAGAAUUGUUUUGAUAUCAACCAGUCUAGAGGGUCAUGAAUAUUAAAACACUGUCAUAAUGUAAAGUCUGCAACAGUUUUGAUCAGGCCACCUCUGCCCAUCCCAGAGUUUUGGAAGUGUCUUUCUGGAUGUGCCCUCUGCUAACUCUUAAAAGGGUAUCCUCUACAUAAAUACACUUCUUUCAUACAAGAUGAGGCUUUAUUCAGACUGUAUUAUUUUUAAAUCAUAUUGCUGUAUGUAUAUAUAAUGAAAAGCAUAAUUUUAUACAUGUGCAAGCGCGUGCGCCCACACACACACACAGACACACACACACACACACACACACACACACACACACAGACACACACACACACACACACACACACACACACACACACACACACACACACACACACACACACACACACACACACACACACACACACACACAUGCACACACACACACACAUGCACACACACACACACACGCACGCACACACGCACGCACACACACACGCGCGCACCCAUGCACUCAGUAUGUAAUUUCCUAACUACAGCCUGUGGCAAUUCUUAUAUUUAGUUUCCAUGAUAUUAGAAGGUAUAGAUUAACAUAUAAAUUCAUCAUUACAAUCAUACAUCAGUGGCUUUGAAUUAUAUACAAGAUUAUUAUAAAUGUGACACAAUCAGAGCAAGGCCUUAAGUUGUGUUUGCAUGUGUUGCCCUAAGGAGGAGGAGCAGGAGCUGGGCCUCCAGAAAGCCCCAGCCCUAAAUUCUUCAGAUGGCUCAGUCGAGAUUACUGUAGAUUGUACAAUUAAUUUAUUAUGGUAGUAUAUUAUUUAACAGGUCUACAGUAUUGAGCAAAAUACAGAAUAGCACAUUAAAUUGUAAAAUAUAUAUUUUAAGGAAACUUGGAAAAGUGUCAUAUUAAGAAGUGAAAAAUUCUAGUUCUUGAACAAUGUUUUAAAUGUGUUAGUGCAGCUAAGAAUAGACUAAGUGAUAAGGAAGUUGUGUAAAUAUUCCAAUUUAAAUUUUGUUAUUGCUGAUUUAUGUUUAUUUUCUUUAGAAGUGUAAAACUGAGCUUAGUGUGUUAUUCAUUAUGAAUAAUAAAAUAAUACAUUCUUUCAUUUGAAUGCAGUAGGAUAAUUUUUACUUUUGUAUUGUAAAUAAUAAUUAUUUAGAUAUUUUAAUAAGGGAUAGGCUUAUUUACUACAUUAUAUAUAAAACAUCAUAUGCAGAUCAGUUCAUAGUUCUGAAGACUUUCCUUGGUUGACUUAACUGUUGUUAUGCAGCUCUCAUUAUUUGUGACAUGAUGAUAUUACUCCUAAAUCUGUUAAGCAACUUCUCUGUUAUGUUCUAGAAUUUUAAUGUCUGAUUUGCACAAUUUUGAAUCAUAUUGACUGCUCAUAUUUUGUUCACUUGAGAUAAAGAAAUAUAAAGUUUAUAAAAAGAAUCAUAAAAUUUUACUGCU